AUGGGAAAGCCAAAGACAAAAGAAAGACGCUCCUCCGCAAAUGGCGUGCCGAAUACAGCUUCGGAAAUACCUGCAAACCCCCUCACUCCCAAUGCAGAUUCGCUUCCCGACCUCUCUGUCAGCGUCCUCGCCAAAUUGAAGAAGCGUAUUGAACAAGGUUUCCAAGACCAGAAACCUCAGUCAAAAAAGGAUAAAAAGGUGUCUGUGAGUGAAUUGAAACAGAAGACAAAUGCAGGCCCGCAAUCAGAGCCUAAGGCCGUCAACAAAAAAGGGAAGAAACGGGACAGGAACGGGGAAAUAAUAGCUCCUCAAGAAGGCAAGGAAAAGCCAAGGUCCAAAUUUGACGAAAGAGGAGAAAAUAGAAACUUAUUGGAAAAUGAAAUAUACGCUAUCGGCGGAACUAAGGAGGACUAUGAUCUCCUUGCUGAUGUCGAAUCCGAUUCGGAGAUGGAAAUCUUUGAGGAUACCCCAGGGAAAUACAAUGCGAAGGCGGCUAAUGAACAUACUCUGCGCAAUGACAUAGAAAAGAUGCUGAAAGUGGAUAAUCCGUCUCCAGCUCCAAAACCUGAAAGUAAGAAGGCUGUGGUUGCGGAUAUUGUCCCCAUUGAUCCCAAGCCAGCAAAGGAAUCCAAGUCACUCCAGCAGGUCAAGCCAUCAAAGGAAGCCCCAAAGCAAAAUACUCUGAAGAAGCCAAACCCGAAUCAGGAGGUCUCCGUCCCUAGAAAGCUAGCGCAGCAGCGCGAUACACGAUCAUCCAACUUGGCUAUCGACCCUCGACCAGAUUGGUAUUCCAUACCUUUGCCCGAAGUCUCUCUCGAAUCGAAAAAGUGUAGCGGCAUCUCCCGACAGAUCUGGGAUCGUAUUCGAGAAUAUGCUGCAUCGUUACUUGAUUCGGAAAACCAAGCCUUUGCAACUUCACAACAAUCCUCCUCGUCCCAUAAAUUCUAUUCCACGAUCGUUUCCUCUGGGACCUUGAGUGAUAAAGUAUCGGCGUUAACACUUGCGGUACAAGAGUCACCUCUACACAAUGUAAAAGCACUGGAGAACCUUAUUGGACUGGCUAAAAAACGAAGCCGAGCUCAAGCUAUUGAGGUUCUCAGAUCUCUAAAAGAUAUAUUUGCCCAAGGCACCCUUCUCCCCAGCGAUCGGAGACUAAAAUCACUUAUCAAUCAACCGGCGUUGCUGUCUGCCUUCGACGGUGUUUCAAGUAACUGGACGUCUUCCAACCCCUUACCAAACGGGUUGGAGCGCAGCCACCUCAUUGUUUGGGCUUUCGAGGACUUUCUAAAGGAGCAAUACUUUGAGGUACUGAAAAUCCUCGAAAUUUGGUGUAACGAUGAAAUCGAGUUUUCAAGAUCCAAGGCAGUAAGCUACGUUUACGAGCUUCUGAAAGAGAAGCCGGAACAGGAAUCCAAUUUGCUACGCCUCCUGGUCAAUAAGCUUGGCGAUCCAAACAAAAAGAUAGCUUCACGGACGUCCUAUCUUCUACUUCAACUUGAGCAGGCUCAUCCCCUAAUGAAGCCAACCAUAAUAUCAGCUGUCGAAUCCAACAUUCUUUUCCGCCCAGGGCAAAGCCAGCACGCCAAGUAUUAUGCAAUUAUCACACUCAAUCAGACCAUCUUGAGAAGUGGCGAAGAAAAUGUGGCAACGAAACUUCUCGAUAUCUAUUUUGCUCUUUUCGUUACUCUAUUGAAGCCAACCAAGAGUUCGACCAGUAACUCCGAACGUAAGCAUGGGAAACACGAUGCAAAAUCUAAAAAGCGACAUGGUGGCGCUACGAUCCCAAAAGGCCAGGCUCAGGAAACUGAGUUGCAUGAGAAGUUGACUGCUGCUGUUUUGACUGGAGUCAAUCGAGCUUAUCCGUUUACUAGCUCUGAUGUCGAAAAACUUUCGAAGCAUAUUGACACCUUAUUCCGUAUCACUCAUUCCUCAAAUUUCAACACGAGUAUCCAAGCCUUGGUGCUUAUCCAGCAGCUGUCGUCGUCUCACCAAGUGUCGUUGCAUCGAUUUUAUCGAACGUUAUACGAGUCCCUACUCGACCCCCGACUGUCUACAUCCUCGAAGCAAUCGAUGUACUUAAAUCUCUUAUAUAAAUCGCUAAAGGCUGACUUCAACGCUAAACGAGUUAAGGCUUUCGUGAAAAGACUAGUUCAAACCCUAUCACUACAUCACCCACCUUUCAUUUGCGGGGUAUUUUAUUUGAUAAGGGAACUUGAAAAGGCUUUCCCCAACCUGUCUGCCCUCAUGGACGAGCGAGAGAACAUCGAAGACGACGAUGAGGAGGUUUUCAGAGAUGUUCCCGAGGACGGAGAACAACCUGCUGACCAGACGCCAGUGGAUGAAGGGAAGAAAGUUGAAAAUAGAUACGACCCUCGUAAAAGAGACCCCGAACAUAGCAAUGCCGAUAGAAGUUGUCUCUGGGAACUACUGCCUUACCUUGCUCAUUUCCAUCCUUCCGUGUCUGUCAAUGCUUCGCAUCUACUGUACCACGAACCGAUAUCUGGCAAGCCGGAUCUCUCUAUUCAUACUCUUACACAUUUCUUAGACCGAUUCGUCUAUCGCAAUCCCAAGGCGACUCCCAGUAUGAGAGGAGCUUCCAUUAUGCAACCGCUCGCUGGAGGCGAAAGUAAAGGCUUAUUAAUCACAUCUGGAGGAAUGGCCAAAGCCCAUGGACCAGUGAACAGGGAAGAAUUCUGGAAAAAGCAAAGCGACGAAGUCGCUGCUGAGGAUGUCUUUUUCCACGAAUAUUUCAAUCGCAUGGAAAAGGAUAACCUGCGCAAACAGAAGUCGAAAAAGAAGCCAGGUGCGCGAGACAAGGGUGGGGAUGAGAGCGAUGCUGAGUCGGAGAUUUGGAAGGCUCUUGUUCAUUCUCGACCGGAACUUGAGGGCGAGGGUGAGAGUGAGGAUGGUAUCGACAUUGAUGAUUUGGCAUCCGCCAUGGGCGAUGAAGAUGAUGGGCUUGGUGACGUUGAAAUGGGUGAUAUGGAAAGCCUUGAUGACGACGAGGAAGCAGAGGUAAUAUUUAACGAUGAGAGUGAUGAGCCAGAGGUUGAGGUGGAGCAAAGUGGAAGGGAUGCGGCACAGGAUAUUGACAGUUUCGGGGGCUUUAUGGAUGAAGAUGCGUUUGAAAUGGACGUCUCAGAUGAAGACGCGUUCCGAGGUAGUGACGAUGAUUUGCCUUCUGAUCUGGACAAUGGGGUUGAAGAGCUACUCGCUGAAACUUCGGGUAAAGGAAGCAAAUCUACGAGUAGACAGAAGAGGAAGAAACUCAAGCAUCUUCCUGUUUUCGCGUCUGUGGAUGAUUACGCUGCCUUACUGGCGGAUGAAAACCCGGAUGAUGGUGUAUGAUAUCCUUAUACCAUUUCCUUGGGUGCGCUAUGCAUGUUGGUGGUUGGAAUGCUAUGAUAGAUAGACCCUUGAAAUUUUUGAACAAUUGCUAUUAUUUUAAAUUACAUUUGAAUGUAUUAGCAGCAAUGCAUUCCAAGUGCUGAAGGAGUUGGGUGUAGAUACAAUGUCAAGCUAUUGAAAUCGACUCUUAUAGUAUU